CAACAACAGAAUACACCUCAAUGGCAACGACGGAGGGCGAACGUCGCAGCCUUCUGCCACCGCCGACGACCGAACAACGAGGAUCGUAUGAUGCGUUGCAUCAAGCCAAGCAAAGCAGCAUCAAGAUCCUUGUUCCUCCACCGUCCCAGCAGAGCACCUUGUGCAACUGCGAAUGCGAUUGCGAGUGCGAGCGUGGGGUACCGAUCAUCACGUCGAUUCAUCUCCACUCUCCGAGGCAUCAACACAGCCUGUCUCCAUCGCAUCGUGGCAUUUCAUCCACAGCCGCAUCUUCUGUGCCCAUUGCCGUCCUCAUGACGUUCAUGACGCUGUUCAUGUCGGUGGUUGGCGCGGGGCUGUUGAGCAUUCCAUUCACGUUCACGUGUGCCCCCGUGAGUGUCGUGGUGACGUGCCUCGUUCUCGUGGGUCUCGCCAUGGGGUACACAGCCGAGCUGCUCGUUCGAGUCCACAUCGCCACGAACGUUUUCACAUUCAACGGCCUCGCCGAAGUCGCCUUUGGCUCUGUCUUCUCCAAGGUCGUGUCUGCGACCACGAUCUUUGCCAUCUUGGGCGCGUGCGUCGGGUGCAUUGAGAUUGUCGCCGACUUGAGUCCUUUUCUGGUCCACCUAGUCGGCCUCGACAACACGUCAUACCACCCCACAUCCAUCGUGCUGCCGCUCUUUAUCGCAGGAAUCUACCCACUGACCCUUCUCAAGAAGAUCACAGCGCUUCGCUUCUCGAGCUACGUUGGAUUUGUAGCAUCCAUGUACUUGGUGGUCGCCGUGACGUGUCGCGCAUCGUCCUUCUCCGCCUCCUCUCGGGCUUCUUCAGCUGCCAACAACAAUGACUCAACUGUCGUACGACCUCCUUCCUUUGAUAACCUGCCGCUCAAGGUCGCGCACAUCGUGUCUGUGUUUAACUAUGCGUUUGUCAGUCACUUGAACGUGAUUCCGCUGUUUGCGACCCUCCAGCAUGCGACACCGUCACAGCUUCUUUUCGUGCUUGGCCCGUUGCCGUCGAAAGCGAAGACGGGACCACCAGGCCUUAUGUGGAUGCGCGUUGUGAUCUACACCAUGUCGCUGUUUUGCAUUGGCAUGUAUGCAGUGUUUGGCACGCAUGCGAUGGCGUUGUACGGCAAUCACGUCCAAGGCAACAUCUUACUCAACUUGGAACAUGACCGAGUGAUGGACGUGCCGCGGCUGGCGGUGCUCGUGACCAUCCUGUUUUCAUUUCCCCUGCUCUUUCAUCCGUUCAGGAUGCUCGUGGAGUCGUUUGCGCUGCAAUUGGUGGGCUCUGAGUCCAAGACCUUGCCGCGGUCUAUCCAAGCUGCAGAGUCCCUUGUGCUGCUGCUCGUGGUCGUGGCCGUCGCGACCGCCAUGCCUGGCAUCCAAAUCACGUUCUCGUUGACUGGCGCUAGCUGCGUGACGCUCAUCUGCUACGUGUUCCCUGUGCUGUGCUACCUCCGCCUCUGCCCCCACGACUCGGCCCUGCGACGAGGUAUUGCCGUCGUCAUCGGAGUGUUUGGAGUGGCUACUGGCAUCGUCGCUACUGGACUGGUGCUCACAGGAACCACAGUCGUCUAGUACUACGUUGUAAUCUAGAACUUCUUCAUAACGGUAAGAACGUGCAUAUCGACAUGUGAACUCUACGGAAAUGACUUGUACUAGAAUGGAG